AGAAGGGGGCGGAUGACAGCCGGGACAGUGGUCAUCACUGGGGGCAUCUUGGCGACUGUGAUUCUGCUCUGUAUCAUCGCUGUUCUGUGCUACUGCCGGCUCCAGUACUACUGCUGCAAGGAAGAGUCGGAGGAGGACGAGGAGGAGCCUGACUUCGCCGUGCACGCGAACCCGCCUCCGCUGCCCUGCGGCCGCAGCCUGGUGCUCACCAACGGGCCGGCGCUCUACCCGGCCGCCUCCACCUCCUUCAGCCAGAAGAGCCCGCAGGCCCGCACCCUCUGCCGCAGCUGCUCCCACUACGAGCCGCCCGCCUUCUUCCUGCAGGAGCCCGAGGACGAGGACGUGCGCAACGGCGGCGAGCGCGUGGCCUACCAGAGCGUCAGCCAGGAGGACGCCGAGCCGCCGCCGGGGGCCUUCGGGGGCCUGCAGGCGCUCAACCCCAACCGCCUCUCGGCCAUGCGGGAGGCCUUCUCCCGGAGCCGCAGCAUCAGCACCGACGUCUGAGCAGCCCCGCCCGCCCGACGGGCCCCCAGACCAUGGUGGGGUCCCCGGGGCGCGUCAGCCUGGCCCCGGGCCGGGACCGGGGCCCCGCCCAGCCCUCCGCGCCUCCCUGCCCCCACGGGGGCCGGUCGGGGAGCUCCGCGGCUCGCUGCAGGGAUAGGGCCCAGUGAGCACGAGGUGGCCGCCGGGGGUAGGGGGUGCGGGGCCUGGGGCUCCCAGGCGGGCGGGCACAGGUGAGCUCCCAGGUGUCAGUCCGCAGGGCAAGGCAGGGCUCUGGGGCCUCGACGCCAGGCUCCGGACGCUGAAGCUGCCGUCCAGCAGAGCUGCAGGGGGAAAGUGGCCUCCACCUCAGCCCCAGCAACUUGGCCGUCGCUGGCCGUGAGGCCGGGCCUGACCCCACCCCCCGGCACCCCCCACCCCCC